AUGACUGUACCAACCACAGACACAGAUACCGGUACUUCCUCAAUGUCUAAUGCACUAAAAGAUAUAAAUAAUCAUUCCACGCAAUUUAAAGAACAGCAAUUAAGAGUCGGAAAAAUGAACAGGAAUGUGCUGGAUGGAAUGACGCUGAAGCAGCUGCAGGAGGAAGCAGUAAAAUUCCGAUUGCCGGUAUCGAACGACCGUGAACGGAUGAUAGAACAAAUGAUGUCCCAUCUAGAGCGACACGGGCCGAUGAGAGACCUUCUUGAACCAGAGGAGAGCUCCCGAAUGGGAAAAGACCGACAGGCUGCGGUGACCUCAGCCGAGGAACAAAGAAUGGAGCAGCAGACGGAAGGGUCCUCACAGAAUAUGAUUGGUCAAGUCACGGACAGUUUGGCCAAGAUGCAGCGCUUAAUGCAGGAACAGCAACAACAAUUUAUGCUGCAACAACAAAAUCAGUUUGAACGGUUGCUUCUAGUGCUAUCCAACAGGAGACCAGAAGCCGGUCUUCCGACUGAGCACCAAGGCGGAGGAAGAUCGACGCAAAAUUCUACACCGUCGGGAAGUGACGGCGUGGUGACGGGUCAAAACCCCAUAGAAAUGCAACAAUCGCAAAUCUCGGUUUCUACCUUAGCGUCGCAGAUUCCGGAGUUUGGUGGAACCGAAGAGGAGAACGCUAAAAUCUGGAUACAACGAGUCGACUGUGUAGCGGCUAUACAUGGAGCGACAGAUGGUGUGACGCUGCUUGCAGCAACGGCGAGGUUGACGGGUGCAGCCAGGAAAUGGUAUGAUGCACAAUACGGACCGAUGCUGCAAACAUGGAGAAGGGUAAGAGAAGAAUUGCUUAAAAUUUUCGAUCGAGAAAUUGCCUUCUAUAAAAUUAUAAAUAAAAUAGAGAAUCGAAAAUGGAACGCGGCAAAAGAAACAUUUGAUCAGUACGCCCUGGACAAAUUAGUGCUGAUGCAGCGAACAGAAUUAUCUAUCCAAAAUAAGAUACAAUUAUUGAUAAGCGGAAUAGCGGUGAGCGCGUUGAGAGCUACAGCCUUGUCAUUAUCGGCGGAGACGAUUGAAGACUUUUUGACCAAGAUGAGACGAAUCGCGGAGGGCGUGAUCGAGACAGAAAGGAAAGCGCCGAUCGGGUCGAAUAUUGCACGUUCUAGAGAAAUAAAAUGCCGAAAUUGUAACAGAAAAGGACAUCCCCACAAGGAAUGUCGGAGUGAGCCGACGUGCUUCUACUGUAAAGAAAAAGGGCACCGGCAGUUCGAGUGUCCAGUCUUGAAGCGAAGGGAAGGAGCUGUUAUUCCAGUAAGGACGCCAGCCUAUGCAGGAGGACGUCGAGCGGCAGGAGAUGAUGCCCCGAGACAACCGGUUGCCGUGGUGCAGGAGCAGGAGGUAGCGCCGGAGCAGGAACAGGAACUGCGAGUCAGCGAGCCCUUUAUAUCGGUCGCAACUAUAAUGGGUAAGCGAUGCCAGAUUAAAGCGCUAAUAGACACAGGCAGUCCAGUAUCGUUUAUUAACGAAAAAUUAUACAAAAAACCGCGAAGUGAAAAAGUAGAGCGAGUUUGUCUGUUCGAACAAUUGCCUUUGUGUAUCGAGGAAGGCAUAGAUAAAACCGUUAACGAUAGACUAGACGAUAUCAAAAUAGAUUAUAAUAGACAGACAAAAGAAAUGUUGCUAAAUCUAUUGUUAUCCAUGAACAAUAAAGAGAUCGAGGCAAUCGAAGACGGGCACGCGAUACGUGUACCCUUGAAAGAUAAGUCGAUAUACGCGUAUGCCCCGCGUCGGUUUGCGUUCGCUGAGCGCGACGAGAUCAAAAAAAUUAUUGACAAUCUAUUAGCACGUGACAUUAUCAAACCAAGCAUAUCGCCUUAUUGUGCUAGGAUUGUACCGGUGAAAAAGAGAAACGGUAGCAUGCGGUUAUAUGUCGAUCUACGACCUUUAAAUAGUCGUGUAGAAAAACAAAAAUACACUUUCCCGCUAAUCGAAGAUUGCUUAGCAAAACUGGCGAAUAAAUCCAUAUUUACAUUGUUGGAUAUAAAAGACGGUUUCCAUCAUAUAAAAAUCGAUGAGCGCGACACAAAAUACUUUGCUUUUGGCACACCAGAUGGCCAGUAUGAAUAUAAAAGAUUACCCUUUGGCUAUAGCGAAGCACCGGCCGAAGAUUUCAAAAGAGAUAACAUAGCCGAACACUUAGAAGUAAUUGGAGAAGUGUUAAUUAUUUUAAAACAAUAUAAAUUCGAGCUUAACUACGAUAAGUGCUUGUUUUUGCGAAAAGAAAUCGAAUUUUUGGGUUAUAUCGUGAGAGCGAACGGUAUUACCUUGAAUCAACGACAUGUCGAGGCAAUUACAAAGUUUAGAGAACCGCGAUCAACGCAUCAGGUGCAACAGUUUUUAGGAUUGACCGGGUACUUCCGAAGAUUUAUAAAAGAUUUCGCGUUAAAGGCUAGGCCUCUACAAGACCUACUAAAGAAAGGCGCGGUAUUUGACUUCAGUCCACAUUGUCGGGAAGCCUUUAAUAUUUUAAGAACAGAGCUUACAUCGUUUCCAACUCUGCGGUUGUAUGAUCCAGCGGCGGAAACGGAGAUCCAUACCGAUGCUUGCAUCCAGGGGCUGGGCGCGAUAUUAUUACAGCGACGAAAAGACGGGGUGUGGGCACCCAUUGCUUUUUACAGCAAGACAACGAAUCAGGCUGAGGCCAAGUAUCAUAGCUUCGAGCUUGAAAUGUUAGCGGUGGUUAGAGCGGUUGAACGGUUCCACGUUUAUGUAUACGGAAAAAGUUUCACCGUAGUCACUGAUUGUAAUGCCUUGGUAUAUGCUGUAAACAAAGCCAACUUAAAUCCACGAAUAGCACGGUGGACAUUAGCUUUACAAAAUUAUAAUUUUAAAUUGACUCACCGGUCGGGUAAAAAGAUGGCUCACGUAGAUGCCUUGAGUCGAAAUGCAGGGUAUGUAGAUGAAAUGCCAUUAGAAAGAGAGCUGGAGUUUAGGCAGCUGGCCGAUCCCCAGCUUCAAGCGAUUUGUAGACGGUUGGAAUUCGAGGAUGAUCCCAAGUUCGCGUUGGUAGACGGAUUGUUGUAUAGGAAAUAG